AUGUAUUACACGACAGGCAAAAUAGCUACAGCUUACUCCACUGAAUGCACGGAAUAUUUUACUCUCUUCAAAGAAAGGUCUUGUGAUGACGCAAAUUUAACAGAAAUAAAACCAAUUCAAAUAAAUCCAGUAACUUGGAAUGCUUCAAGAUUUGAUUGGAAUCCUGACUACAAAUGUAUUGACGCGUACCCGUCCGAAGAAUGUUUCUUCGAAAUUACAUGUGAACGGAUUGAAACAGUCUGCGAAAAACAAUUAGAAGAAAGUAUUGAACUAACUACAGAAAUUAUAAUUAGCUCUAGUCAGACUGAUAUGGAAUUAUUGGCACCAGAAACUACAACUGUUAAUACUGUUGAAUGCACUGAAUUCUAUACAAUAUUCGAAGAAAGAUCAUGUGAUGAUUCAAUGGAAAUAAAACCAGCGUUAAUUGAUUUUAAAACAUGGAACAUUUCAAGAUUUAAUUCGAAUUUUUAUAACUAUUGCCUUGGCACAUACCCUUAUAAAGAAUGUUUCUUUGAACUUACAUGUGAACGGGUUGAAACAAUUUGUGAGAGACAUGUUGAAGAAAGCACGGAAUCUGGGCUAAAGAAUAAUGACUCUGAUAUGUCAUAUUACAACACGUUGAUAGCUAUCGGUGUUCUGUCAUCGGUGAUUUUACUGUCGUUAUUUUUAAAUUAUGCAGCUUCUAAAUAUAAAGAUUUUAUACAAAGCGGGACCUAUCGUCUGCCCCAUUCGCCAACUGAAAUAGCAGAUUCGGAGCUAUGA